UUCGGACAAUCUAGUAAUUUUGUUCAUGAUCGAACCUUUCCUGACUUCUUUCCUGUUCAAACCUAAUGGAUGCGUAGUAGUUUUCCUGUACCCAAAGUCCAGGCCCAGGCAUUUUUUGACCUUCCUAGGUUUUUCCUGGGCCUGGGUUUUUCCUGGACUAAGGGCCCAUGAUCUGGUCCAGGUCAACAAAACCCAGUCCAGAGUCCAAGGCCCAAACUUUUCAAAAAUACCGAUCUCUAAUGUGCAGUCAAAAUAUAAACUUUUAGAUUUCCCCCAAAAAAUAUGAAAAAUAAAAAGAAAUAAAAUUGAAAAAUAAAGAGAACAUU